CGAUGUACGAUUGGUAAACAUUAGGAGUAAAGAUUGUCUUCUUGUGUUUGUGGACAUUGAUCAACACCACUGAUCUAAUCAACUGAUGGUUAAUCAGAUAAUUUGAAAGGUUAAAAACCAUCUAUGGAGUCAGAAGCAUUUGGGCAAGAAUGAUCUUUAUCAUCUUGCCAAUAUCCUCGUGGAGUAAAGUCACAUCAUCUUUGUUAUUUUUUAACACCAGUUUUAUCAAUUUUCGUGAAAUUUUCGAUUUGGUUUCAGGAGCUGUGUCGAUCCAAUGAAAUAUUUUCCCGUUGAGUCUAUUUGAAGUGAAUUUUAAUAAAAUUGGAAGGAACUGCUAUUCUCGCAAUGUUUAGCAAUAAACUUGACAAAGAUGCAUCAAAAGCUCUUCUCGAAUGGGAAUUAAGUCUUGAUUCAAGUGAUCUUCGAUCUCAUGCUUGGUACCAUGGUAAUAUUGAAAGGGACACAGCUGAGUCUUUGGUCAUUGAUGAAGGUUCCUUUCUAGUUCGUGAUUCAUCUACCAAACAGGGUGAAUAUGUUUUGACUUGUCGCUGGAAUGGAUCAAUUUUUCAUUUUGUGAUCAAUCGACAAGUACUUCCUCCUUUUGCUGUCGGUUUCCCAGAUAGAAUCCAAUACUCUUUUGAAGAUGAACCAUUUGACACUGUAUCUGGAUUAAUAACAUUUAGCGUUUGUAAUCGUAAACCUAUUUCAUUAUCAUCUGGAGCUCUCAUUUCAAUACCAGUUGCUCGAACAGUGCCUCUUAGUAAUGACUCUCAAGGAACCCAAAGUAUUGAUCAACCAAUGGAAGACCAGCUGACUAUGUCAACUAUCGCACAAUUAUCAUCUCUGACUCUUGAUUCUCGACUACCUAUCCGAAGUGAUUCACGUUCAUCAAUUGAAUCCCUUAACAGGUAUCAAAAACCCAUAAUGAGAUCAAUCCCUGGGUUUCUAUCGUCAUCUUCUAUCUCUACAUUAUCAUCAUCUUCCUCAACCUUUUCCAAUAGAUCAGGCUCAAUUACACCGUCAGUGAUGACAUAUUCUGAUAGAUUGAAUCAACCAAGUUUGCAAAAUGGUCCAACAAUCAGUCAAGAACGUGAAAUAUCUAAAAACGAACCCGUCUAUGCCAAUGCCGAAGUCUACCAAGAUUACAUGAGAAAACGAGAAUCUGAGGAUUUUGCUUAUUUCUCCGAUUACUCUGAUAGUCGAUCAGCUGGUAGUAAAGAGGAUUAUUCAUCUUACAUCAUUUCAGCAAAUUAUUCAUCUUCACGAAUUAAUCCAAUCAACUUUCAUACUUAUUUAUUACCAAAAAAUAAUAAACCGUUAGAUGGUAGUGCCAUGAAUAAGAUCAGAAGUACACUUCUUGAUACUGGAGCUCGUUUACUGGCAAAUCAUGUUACUCAAUCUGAUCUUGAGUUUAUCUACCAUGUUGAAGAUUCAUGUGACCUUGGAAUGGGUGUUAAAUCUGGCCUUGAAUUACUUAUUCUGCCCCAAGGUGAUAAAUAUAGGCAGGAUUUUUUAGAUAGAAUCAAAUGUUUCCAAUAUUUUAUAGCAACUUCUGUGUUAACUUGCCAGUCUGAAAGGGAACGAGCAGCCAUCCUAGAUAAAUGGAUACAAAUUGGUUUCGAAUGUAAAACUGGACUAGGUAACCUAAUGACUUUUGCCAUAAUCAUGCGAACGUUGUUGUUACCUAUGAUUGUCCGUUUGAAGCGAACUUGGUUAGCGUUAAGACAAUUACAUACUCAAAGCGCUGUCACUUUUGAAUCAAAAAUGAAGCCUGUUUUAAAAGGGAUGAAUGAAUGUAAAGAACCAAUUGCUCCAAAUACAACCUUCCCUUACAUUUGGCCUUCCGUUGAAAUAAUUCACCGUUACUCAUCUUUACUUAAAUCUGGUGAACCCAAUUCAAUUGAUUCACUAGAUGCUUUUAAGAAUUUGUCCCUUGAUCUGGAAGUGGAAAAGAUUGGCACCGAUUAUGGUCUUGAAACAAUUUAUUUUCACCUCGACUAUUGUAGACAAAUUGUUUCACAAUGUUCUUUAUUCAAAAGGAAUCGCAAAAUUUUGUACGAAGACGUUGUCUUAGAAGAUUUAUUAGUAGACAUGUUUCGAACCGAAUUUCAUCGGCGUUUCUUGUGGGGAACCAAAGGAUCCAACGUUGAUGCGACUCAACGUUAUGAUAAAUUUGACCAAUUAUUGAAUCUUUUAUCUCAAAAAUGUGAAUUUGAUUAGCUCUAGUACAAUCCGCAGAAACAAUAACGCAUAGUUGCGUUAUCUACUUAAAUUGGCACUGCAUCCAAAAUAACUUAUAGACAAAGAGCUUUUAGAGAUUCGCAACGAAUAAUCGACUAAUCAAUGUUUUAACUGCUCAGCUAAAUCAAAAUAAUCAAAAUACUGCCUACUGCUAAAUUAUACAUAUUAAGCAGAUUUUACUAAAAUUGAGAUCAAUUCAGAGCCAUGCUCUUUUUAAUGCAUUUGUACAAGUUUAUUAUCAAUAUUUUAUUGCAUUAAUUUAAGUGUAACUCGUUUUGUUAGUCAUGUAAUUUAAACUAUCCAUUUCUUAUUGUCUUGGACAUUUUUUC